CAAGCCUCAAGCUUCUUCUUGUCCUGGGACGGAAAGGGAAAGGAAAGGACCCUCCUCUUGUGCUUCGCCAGACCUAGCGUUGAAAUCUCCAACAACAAACUUGCAAAAGGUCUUUUCGUUGUGAAUGAUUUCCUCAAGUUGGUCGUAGGACGCAUCGAUCUCUACUCCGUUAGAUGUAGAGGAAGGAGAGUAGCAGUUAACGAUAGAGAUUGUCUCAUGAGAAUCGACGAGAUGGACGACAGAUGGAUGCACGAUGAAACCAACGCCGGUGACGCUUCGCAAUGGCAUCUUCCCACCACGAAUGAUGACGAUUCCAUCAUUCAUUCGUCGCACGCCGGUCCUCCUGCUCUUGAUUUCCUGCAACGCAAUCACAUGAUUCUUAAUGUGACUGGCAGCAACGAGGAGCCCAUAGAGAGCGGCAUUGGAAGAGACUGUUCUCGCGUUGCAUGUAUAAAGUAG